CACUUGAGCUGGUCCUUUUUUUGGAAAGUCACCCGCGACGAUGGCGAUUUCUGCUCUACGCACACUCUGCGCCAGUUAUCGGUUGUCAGCCACAAUUGCAAGUAGGAAUUCCGCUUCAUCUCGAAGAUUUUUCUCCAAUUCACCGACCAACGCCAUGCGCUUUGUUCAGUACCGCACGAGUGCCACGGGCGAUAAGCAACUGCUCGGGGUGCUAUCGGACGAUGGUACGAAGGUGUCCAAUGUUUCCGAACGAUACGGAGGGGAUCUGAUCUCGUUCAUACGAUCGGGCUCGUCGUUGGAUGAAGUAAAGGCUGUCGCUUCGAAGGUAGCACCCACCGCCAUCGGGGACGUUGAAUUGCUGGCACCGGUUACGAAUCCGCAGAAGAUACUCUGCGUCGGGCUCAACUACAGUGGUCACUGCGAGGAGCAGAACAAACCCAUCCCUAAGGAACCGAUGUUCUUCAGCAAAUACGCCAGCACGAUCGUCGGCCCAUACGGGAACGUGAUCGCUCAUCGUAUCAGUGACCAAAUUGAUUGGGAGGUCGAGCUGGCCGUGGUCAUCGGCAAAACUGCCAAAGGGGUCAGCAAAGCCAACGCAAUGGAGCACGUGUUUGGAUACACUGUGGCGCAGGACAUUUCUGCACGCGAUUGGCAGAAGCAGCGCAAUGGCGGGCAAUUUUUGAUCGGCAAAUCGAUGGACACUUUCUGUCCGCUGGGACCGGCCGUGGUGCACCGAUCGCUCGUGGCCGAUCCUCAUCGAUUGGCGAUCAAAUGCAGCGUAAAUGGAGUGGAGAAGCAGAACGGUAGCACGGCCGAACUGAUCUUCCGUAUCGACGACAUCAUCCAGCGGGUCACGGAAUCCAUCACCCUUCUGCCGGGAGACGUUAUCCUCACGGGGACACCAGCUGGAGUCGGUAUGCACCGCAAGCCGGCCGAAUUCCUGAAACCGGGCGACGUCAUCGAUAGUGAAAUCGAAACGAUUGGAAAAAUCAAGAACAAAGUUAUUGCCGAUGCCUAGUCACUGCCCUAGGAAUGCAACAGGGCCUUGUUACGGGUUUUUUGUUUUUGUUUUGGGGUUUGAAGAUUAACAAAUAAAUCGAUUAUAUUUCGAA